AUGAAAAUCUUCUUCCUUACCUUUACUACUUUGAUCGCCUCCGCUUUUGCAGCACCUUAUGGACACACUACCUAUGGAAAGAUUGGAAGUGACGGAAAGACAAUAGGCAUGCUCAACAAUGUAGCCGAAGGUGGUCUCUUUAACGACAACUCCCAAGGUUCUGGUCGCAACUAG